AAUACAGGGAAAAACAAUUUUCAUGAAGAAGUGUAUAUAAUAUAUAUACAUUUCUUCAUGUAUAUAUAUAUGCAGUUACUUAAAUAAAACCGACGAAUCCUGAAUCAACGCCCUCAACCAAUGCCAUCUCUCUGCAAAUUUUUGACAUUGCGUUUGUAAAUUUCCCAACUGUCACUGCAUCUGCAAGUCUUAACUACCUUAAAAACUACCAUAUUUUCAAGAUUCCAUCGAGAUCCUGUGGUUGUCAUGUGGGAUCAUUUUUCAUGAUUAUGACCCAAUUGGGUUCUCCCAAAUAGUUGCUUGUUUCACCAUAUCUCUCUUUAUUGGAUUUCUCUGGUUUCUCUCCAUUAAUAAGUCUUCCAACUGAGGGGAGUGUGUUUGGUGGGUUGAAGAUGUAUGUGGUGGAGAGCAAAGGAGGUGCCAUAGCAUGUAUGCUGCUUGCCCUCUUAUUCUUGGGCACAUGGCCUGCUAUUAUGACUCUCCUAGAAAGACGGGGUCGUCUUCCUCAGCACACUUACCUUGAUUACACAAUGACCAAUCUCUUGGCCGCAAUACUGAUUGCUUUCACACUUGGUGAGAUUGGCAAGGGCACGCCAAAUUUUCUAACUCAGCUUGCUCAGGACAAUUGGCCCUCUGUUUUGUUUGCAAUGGCCGGUGGUAUAGUCCUCAGCCUUGGAAACCUGGCCACGCAAUAUGCUUGGGCUUUCGUCGGUUUAUCAGUGACUGAGGUGGUCACUUCAAGCAUAACUGUUGUCAUAGGCACAACCUUGAAUUACUUCUUAGAUAACAAAAUCAACAAAGCCGAGAUUCUCUUCUCUGGUGUUGCAUGCUUCUUGGUCGCAGUGUGUCUUGGCUCUGCUGUUCACACAUCUAAUGCAGCUGAUAAUAAAGAAAAGCUUAACAGUGUGUCGAAGGACUACAAACCUGGGGCGGGAGCUGUGGAUAUCACUGGGUCAAAAGAAAAAAAUACAAACACAAUUGGAACAAGUGAUUUGGAGAAUGGAAGUGGCAGUUCAGAGAAGCCAAAAGCUGGGACUGCAGACUUUCUUAUACAGCUAGAGAACAGAAGAGCAAUCAAGGUUUUUGGCAAGAGCACUGUAAUUGGAUUGGUCAUAACUUUUUUUGCCGGGGCUUGCUUCUCUCUAUUCUCACCAGCAUUCAACCUGGCAACAAAUGACCAGUGGAAGACUUUGAAAGAGGGUGUUCCUCACUUAAGUGUCUACACUGCAUUUUUCUAUUUCUCGGUCUCUUGUUUUGUGCUCGCCAUCAUUCUAAAUGUCACCUUCCUGUAUCACCCCGUAUUGAACUUGCCUAGAUCAUCAUUAAGGGCUUAUGUGAUGGACUGGAAUGGCCGAGGCUGGGCCUUAUUGGCCGGACUUCUCUGUGGGUUCGGAAAUGGUCUCCAAUUCAUGGGAGGUCAAGCUGCAGGAUACGCAGCAGCUGAUGCUGUUCAGGCACUUCCGCUUGUGAGCACCUUUUGGGGCAUACUUCUGUUUGGAGAGUACAGGAAAUCGUCAAGAAGAACAUAUAUAUUGCUCGUAGGCAUGUUGUCAAUGUUUAUUGUGGCUGUUGGUGUUCUUAUGGCUUCAUCAGGGCAUCGAGACUAAUAAUGCAGGUGAAAGAUCCAAGCGUGUUGUAUAAGGCAGCGAUAUAUGACAGAAUUUGCAGAUGGAAGAUCCAAACAUGUUAUAUAAUUCAUCAAAUAUAUAGCUUAGUCAAGAGAUACCGCGUGUUGAAUCCAAUCAUUUGUCAGUGAAAAUAAAAAAAAAGAGAGGAAGAUAUUCUGAAUGGAAAUAGAUGUGAAUUUCUUACGUGCCAUUCUGAUUUGUGUUGUGGUGAAGAUCAUGAAUCUUGUUUCUUCUUCACACAUGGCAUUUACUUCAAAGUUCUAUUUGAUUGUUUGGGAAUACAGUGGACAAAUAAAGAAAAUGGAGAACAUACAUUAAUUAUGUUGUAAAAUAUUGAUUACUCUUUCAUAUUCCAAGCAAGCAAAAACUGCUUUAUCUGGAA